CUCGUCUCUCUGCUUGUAUCUGCAUGCACGUAGAUUUACCCGGCCUACUUCUUCAUACCUCACUCAGCCAUCUGGCCUACUAGCGCCAAACCAACGAAUUAUUUUCACGACAUCCAUAUUCAAUUUCACCAUUGUGUGUGUGUUUUUUUUUUUUUUUUUUUUUUUUAUGUUCGGCAGUGCCCAUGACGUAGAAUGGUAGGCAAACCAAAGUGCUUAGUGAGAUCAUGCAACAAUAUUCACCCAGUUCCCAGAGGUUGUUCAUGGCAUCAAUGGCCAGCACAAGAAACUGCCAUACAUCGGUGGAUGAUUGCAUUACGGGAAAAUAAAGCCGCCACAGGAUUUUCGGAGCAUAGCCUUCCUGAUCUCGAAGGCCAAAGAAUUUGCAGUGAUCAUUUCGAAAAGACGUGUUUUAAAGAAGGUGUUGUAAGAAGACUGAAACCAACUGCAGUUCCUACCAUUUUCAAGCUACCAACACAUAAGGAUCCAACAUCAUCAACAACUAUUUGGAAACAACAUACUGUUGAGUCAAGUAGUUCACAUCAAAAUAAAAAUACUGCAACUAAAACAAUUCUGAUAGCAGCAUUACCAACAAGUGUGCAACAAAGCACAGGCGUACAUCAAGAUCACAGUGAUUUGGCCAGACAAGCUGACUGCAUCAAUAUGGGACAUCAGUUCGGUCAAGCAAACAAAGAAACACCAAAAAGGAUCGGUGCGAAGUGCUACGUAAAGGGGUGCAAAUCUGGAUAUGAUUCCUGCAAGGAAAGCAUACACUUUUUCAAACCAAAAGAUGAAAAAACAGUGUACGUAUGGCAAAAGCUUAUAGGUCGGAACGAUUUGAAACUGGGAAAAUUUCACUCGGUUUGCCACAAGCACUUCGAUGAUGCAGAUAUUAUCAAAGAGACAACAGUUCAAGGGGAUAAAGGCCAAGCGGCAGCCUGUGACCCAACACGUUGGAGGCUUGUUGGUGGAGCCGUACCAAAAUAUUUUCUUGGGAAUCCUGCAAGGUGAAUUACAACAAUUUAGGAAAAUUGCAAUAAGGCCUACGGAUUUAAGAUCUCCUGCUCCUGCUGCGACACCUAUUGUUGUGCCGAAGACAAUUGUACGCAAGGAAGCCACAAUGAUGCCGCAAACUAAGCAACAAGACACUAUAGAAGGAACACUUCCUGAAAAACCUCCGGUUGCCCCUCAAAAAACUUAUAGCAACCGGAAAAAAUCUCAGGCUUUGGCUAAAUCACCUAUUCUGCAUUCAGAUAAUGAUGCCAGUAGAAACCUUGGUGAAUCUGACAAUUUUACACUAAAAAGCGCCUUAAAUCCGAAGGAAACUCUCAUUACGCUUCCAUCUUCACCGGCAGGAAAUUCUGCGAAACUGUCACAACCAGCUCGAAAUAGUUUAAUAAUCAGACCAAAUGUGCCUGAAGAUUCAAGUGGAUGUGAAGUGAGAGUUAGUAAUCAAGACAAGCAGCUGUCAUUGCCUAACAAAACAGUGCAGGCGGAUAUGAUCUUGCCGAAACAAGCUGCUCUUCCUUCAACAUGGAUUUGCCAACCAGGACUUCUAAUUAGGCCGAAUAUGCCUGUGCAUGGUGAUCGCGCAAUUUGUAUUUCUGCUCAGCAGAUCCAACAAUUUCCGGUACCUUAUAUCGUUGCACAUCAGAACCUGCUGAACCCUAAGGAAGCUGUUCUUCCUCCAUCGUGGUCCUGGCAAGAAAAUUAUCUGCCGAAAAAACAGUCAAUUUGCUUAAAAUUUAAAUGGCUGGAAGAAAACAACUUAUUCGAGUUCACCAAGUCCGUCAUAGUCAGCGAGGGCGUAUGUUCAAACAACAUAGGCACCCCUACCCAUACCAUUCGCUACUUUGUUCGAGGGCGGCAGGUUUAUCACCGAACUCUAAAUUCGCAGUUCUCUACGAUCAAUGAACUUACUUCCUACUUGAAGCUUUAUGAUGACAUUCCAGAAUGUGUUGGUUAUGCAGAUAAGAAAUUAUACGAAAAUUCACUGCUAUCAAAAUUUCCAAACGCGAGUGGAAGUCAAUCGAAUUCAUGCCUUCUGUUGGCGUCGGAGAGAAGCAACCUGUGCUCCUAUUGUUUGUCUUUGACGACGCCCACGAUUCAACAUCGCAUAGUGAUCUAUACCAACAGUUUACCAAUAACAGAUUGUUUUCCUACAACGGACUCUCAAGAUGUUAUCGCAUGUGGCAACGUCACGACUCAUGGCAAGGAAAUCGUGCGCAAUGUUCUUCUACCUAAUGGUAAUGCUGGUAUUCCUGUAAUUGCAGAGGAAGGAACAAUUUCCGAAAAAAAUCCAGAUCCGGAAGCCGUUACGCUGCCUGUUACAAGUGAAUUUGUUGGCAGUUAUGUUCCAAAAUCAGAAGAUCUUGAAUCAGUCUUAAUCAAACUAAGCAGUCCCUUUGAGUCAUCAAGCUACCCGUUGUUCCUCUAUCAUUUGCAAACAUGGUGCUGUGGUAUUUAUGCUCCUUCUGAAGUGUCUGUCCUCCCAUCAGCGACCUCUGCAUCGGCUACACCGACACUGGAUGAAGGACAACCGAUCAUACAUGACUGGACUUCAUUUAGCCAACCAACCUUCUUGGUUUCACAACCACAGCGCGUGUACUGCCGACGUAAACGCGCUGCUGCAAGGCGGAUGAAAGAAAUAAAGGGGGCACUAAUCAAGUGGACCGAUGUUGAGAAUAUGGCAUAUAACAAUGGAAAAGUCCACGUCACUUUGAAGGGACAACCUGCUGUCCAGAAUAACCUACCCCGAGUGUUUCACGACGAAAUGGAUUCCUAUGAUGGCGACUCCAACGAAUUAAAUAUCAAGAAAAAUGGACGCUCACCUAGUUAUAGCAGUUUGUCGGAAAGUGAAGAUUCGUCGAUUGUAAUAAUGGAUGAUGAUAGCGAAUAUUCGCCGAGUGGAAGCAGCAGCACUGACGUUGAAGAAAAUGAGAGCGAUGAAAACGAUCUAGCGUUGGCCGAGCGUCUUUUACGAACAGAAAUCCACUUAAAGAGAAGGUUGCAAAGGAAAUUCCUAUGGUACUCGAAGAUGCUUACUAGGAGCAAAGAAAUAGGUCGUUCUAUUUUAAAGGCAUCACAAGAAUUUGAGGAUAGAUGCCGAAAUGGAAUAAUAAAGCAGCAAAUUGUCAAGAAAUCGGGCCCUAAAAAACAAUGCAAUGAAUGCGGAAAAAUGAUCCAUGCCAAGGGGUUCCAAGAUCAUGUCAAACUUCAUAGCGGCAUAAAGUCACACUUAUGCGAGCUAUGUGGUCGAGCAUUUGUGUUUAGAUCCAGCCUGAAUUCCCAUAUUCGGCUAAAUCAUCGUGGAAUAUCACGCACCAAACCGCCCAAAAAUUUUAUGUGUAGUACUUGCGGUCAUACUGUAAGUUCAAAGGAACGUUUGGGAAUUCAUGAAAGGAUUCACACCGAUGAAAGGCCAUUUGAUUGCAAAUAUUGUGACAAAAAAUUUCGCGAGAAAGGCACUCUUGUACGCCACAUUCGAACUCAUACAGGUGAGAGACCAUAUGCUUGCAACAUCUGUGGGAAAUCUUACCGGUCAAGGUUCGCGUACGUCAGUCAUCAUAGAACUAAACAUGAAACAAAAGAAAAAGAAGUGAAAAAGGAUCCGAUGGAGGACCGACGCAAACACCCUAAAAUCGGUUAUCGCUGUGAAUACUGUGGAAAGGAGUUUUGUCAAGGCCGAAUCUUGGCAUACGAAAAACAUCUCACCACCCACACAGGUGUUUCUGCUGCUAUUCCUUGCACACAGCCUGGCUGUGAUUUCACAUAUUCAGAUAUGACGCAGCUAAAGGAACACACAUUGGCACAACACCCUGAAAAGGCAUACACAUGCGAUGUGUGUAACAAAAUCUUUCUCACGAAGCAAACUCUAACAGAUCAUCGGUCAAUGCACGAUCCAACUCGAGGCUUCCAGUGCUCGUUUUGUCCCGUAAAGUUGACGGUUAAGUCAAGUCUGAUUGCUCACGAAAAGCUUCACACCCGGGAAACACCACACGAAUGUUCUUUUUGUGAAAUGCGUUUCCAUAGCACUUAUCUGUUGCAGAUUCACAUGCGCACUCAUCAGCCUAGUCAGCUCAAAAGAAAACGCUACAGAAAACCGGUUGAGAAAUAGUACCAAAAUUCUCCAUCAUGAUGUUAUUGGCGGGUUAAACAUUCUGCUUUCAUUUGUGUGACAAACCUUUGUUUGAAUUCCGAUAUUCCAAUGGAUUUCGUUAUGUGCCAGAUGUGGAAUAGAAAAAUGUUUUCAAGAAA